CUGUUGUAAUUUCUCAGGACAAAGGUCUAGGCAGCUCAGUGAAGACAUUUUCUCAGUAUACAUGAGCUGCAGAAAGAAUGGAGUAAGACAAAAGAAUCUGUGAAAAUGGGGCUGAACCAAAAGGUCUCAGCGUCGCUCCUGGAUCCAUACAGGAUCUCUGCACACGCACAGAACCCCUUCCAUUGCGAUGGGACAGAGGCAGAAAACAGCUUGCCAGGACCAAGCUGAUCAGCAGCUGGGGUCAGGAAGAAGUUUCCUCUUAUGGUAUAAAAUAAUACAAGGGCUUAGAUCUUCCACUGAUGCAUCUGGAACUUAUCACUGUUGCAAGGAGCAGGAAAACAGUCUAGACAGUUUGUGCCCACCUGUGCAAUACAUGUGUCUCUUACUGGGGAUUUCCAGGAGAAGCAGCAGCACCAGGCGUGGCCGAGACAAUCCAGACGUAUGGGUCAAGAAAGCCAUCAUGGUGACAGUGGGAAGACCCUUCAACACUGCAGCCUUUGCCAGCUCCCCAUUGGCUCAAGAGAUAUUGAGAAUUCGGAGUUAAGGAUCAGACCAUCCCCUGAUGCAGAAGGAAGUGGACUGCGACUGACUGGUCUCCAACCUACAGCCCUGCAAAUGGCUUUCUGCAUGUCGGCGUGGCUUUGGCUGCUGAGCUUGUUGCUGGGUGUCUCUUCCAUGGACAAGUCAGGUGCAGGUGCCGGGGCCCGGGAGUUCCAGCUGCUGCAGUCCCAGGGCGCCGUGUCGCUGUCAGUGGGAGACACUCUCACACUGACCUGCUCUGUGACUGGCCCCGCUCCAGUAGGACCCGUGAAGUGGUUCAAGGACUUGGGCAGGGGCCGGCAGCUCGUUUAUGCAGAGACGGGAUCAUUCCCCCGGGUGACGCGAACUGUGGGUGGCUCUGACUCAGACUUCACCAUCCGCAUCAGUGACACCCGCCCCGCGGACGCUGGGACCUAUCAAUGUGUGAAGUUUAAGAGGGGGUCGGGACCUGAUAAGGAGAUCAGAUCCGGCGCUGGCAUGGCCGUCUCUGUGGGCGGUUAUAUUUUCCCAGAUCACCCCCAGGUUUCUGUGCCUGCUGCUGCCGGGACAGUCUGUGUCCUCCUUGUCGUUUUAGUCCUUGUCUCCACUUACUACUUUGUGAGAAAGAAGAGAGGUAGGAGCCCCUCCACAGCCAGGUCUCAGACUCCCUUUCCAGAUACCAUGAGGACUCACAGCCAGCCCAGUGAUGACAAAGACCCAGACGUGCUCUAUGCUGACCUGCAGCACGCAGCCAGGCUCAAGAAAAGGGCCCCGGAAGAACAUUCUGAAUAUGUUGCCAUUAAGGUAACCCAGGCCAUUGCCAGGUAGAGGGAGAAGGCGGCGUGGCUCUGGACAACCUCGGAGAAAGACUUAAAGAGCUGCUGUCGGAGGAGGAAGCAGCAGCUCUCUGGAGGGCACAGUGAGAAAGGAGAAGUGAGGGCAGUUUCUAAAAUUCUAUCAUGCAAGUCACAUAAGGUCUUCCCCAUGGGGGGCCCGGAACUGACACAGAGUCUCUUGUUCCCCCGGGCACUUUGUUACGGUUUCGCUGUCAUUUGCCAGCAUGGGUAUGACUCAGAACCGGGGGAACUCAUGACCUGGAAAGUCAGCAGCUGCCUGGCAUGUUCCUGUUUUCAUAAACAAUUAAAGAUUUCAAUUAUAUUCUCUCUAA